AUCACAUUAUACAGUACAUUACAGGCUAGUGUUGUUUCCCCAGAGCACUGUUUCUGAUGUCUCGUCCCUCCCAUCAGCUCGGUAGGUUUGACGAGCGAAGUGAUGAGCCUCGAAGAGGGAGGGAGUUGCGCCGCCUAGACCGUCUACUGCUGACGAUGAAUCCCGAAUAUUUCGCUCGGCAGUCCACGGCGUGGCGUGACUUUCAACUUGUCACCAAACACACCGACAACCUCAGAUGAUUGAUUGACUGACCGACUGCUACUACAAUUGCUAAUGGCCUCUCCUGUUCCGCUGCAACUUUGCUUGAAUCCGUCUAAGGCCCCUGUGUUAUGUCGCUCUGAGUCUCAGAUUCAGAUUCAGCCUCAUGCAGAGCUGCAGUGGUUGAACUUGUGAGACUAAAGCAGGAACUUGACUACUAACACGGCACGCGACCGCGGGAAUUGAUAUACUUACUAGCUACACUACUAGUAUCACGCUGUCCUCAAAGCCAGGUAUACAUUGUUUUAGCCAGAGAACCGGCCUGAAAAAAAAAGGAAACCAAAGUGUGGAAUCUCAUUUGGAGGUUGAAUCACAUCUUGCUUCCUUUCCCACCUCAGGCUCCGCUUAACAGUUGAACUGCCGGUGGUCUAGCAGAGCAGAGCAGAUCAGUUUGACAAAAAGCAAAGGCAAGCAGGCAGUGCCAGUCCAGUCAGGUUCGGUGUCGGUUGGCUCAAGGCAUUCGUUCAGCCAGCCCAUGCGCUUACCACCAGGACAUCAACAGCAGCGAGCAACAGUCCGUCGACAGCAACACCAAUACCAACAACAUUUUCUGUCCAUCCUAACACUUUGCUCUGUCAUUGUUGUUCUCCUGAUUUCCAUGACCAGCAUCCCCCGUCGGAUCUUGAGCAAAAUGGCAACAGCCACAGCCAGUAUCAGCACCACUACCACUUCAGCCUCAGGUCUAGCACCCGGGUCCUCUCGAGUUAUCGUGGUUGGAUCCGGCCUGGCAGGCCUCUCAGCAGCCUCAGAGCUCGCCUCACGCAAUGUGCCAGUCUGUAUUCUCGAACGACAAGCCAAACCGGGCGGCAACUCGAUCAAAGCAUCAAGCGGGAUCAACGGCACCCCGACCCGGUUCCAACAGGCCGCGAAAGUCGACCAGGACUCCGCGGCCGUCUUUUACGACGACACGACGCGAUCCGUCAGCGAAAAAGUUCUGACCUCCGAUCCAUCAAUGACCGAACGACGCAAGAGCCUCAUCUCGACAUUGACAAACUCGUCCGCCGCGGCGAUUGAGUGGUUGGUCGACGACAAGAAAAUCGACCUGUCGCGCGUCGCCCAACUUGGCGGCCACACGUACCCCAGAACGCAUCGGGGCGCCGGCACCACGCCCCCUGGCGCGAGUAUCGUCUUGACUUUGCUGAAGCAGCUCAAAGAAAAUCCCUUGGUUUCGCUGGAGACUGGGACGACUGUGACCAAAGUGAUUAAAAACAGCACUACCAGUCAAGUGGUCGGUGUCGAGGUGCGGCGUGACGGCAAUAACAGUUCUACAUCAACAACGACUGGAACAGAGACGACUACUACCGGUAGCAGUGCCCAAGUUGAAACUGAAAUUCUACAAGGUCCCGUCAUCUUUGCAUCGGGCGGUUUCGCCGGCGACUCAAAGGGCGUUCUGGCACAAUACCGACCCGAUCUGGCGGGGUAUCCGUCCACUAACGAGGCUUUGCCUGGCAGUCAAUCGCUGUUGACCGACGUGGGAGCGGCCCUGCUCGAUAUGGAUCUCGUCCAACUUCAUCCGACGGGAUUCAUUGAUCCCCACGAUCCCCUAAAAAUCACAAAGUUCCUCGCCGCCGAGAUGUUGAGAGGUGAAGGUGGAAUUUUGCUCAGACGCGGCAAACGGUUCGUCGAUGAGUUGCAGACGAGAAAGGUGGUGACGGAGGCCAUUACUGCGGAGGAUCCGACGAGUAGUACGAGUGAAACGAGUACCAUUAGUACUGCGAGUACCAGUACCACGGCCACGGGCGAUAAUGAUAGCAGCACUGCUAUCAAACAAUGGGACAUUUCUCUGGUCUUAGACCAAGGCGCCUACGAGGCCGCCAAAGCACACGUCGAUUUCUAUCUCUGGAAAGGCCUGAUGCGCAAAACCACCAUUGCAGAUCUGGAUCCUGAACAUACAGAUGUUGCGUUGGAGUCGAUUAGGCAAUAUGCUGGGGUGGUGAAAACCCACGGUCACGAUGACCUUGGUCGAUCUUCAUACGGCAACUGGACCCUCUUCGACCCUGGCCCAAGUUCCACCGUGUAUAUCGGCAAAGUCACGCCCGUGGUACAUUACACCAUGGGCGGCGUGGUGUUUGACUCGGAGGCUCGGGUGUUGGAUGGCACCAAAACCCCUAUCGAGGGUCUCUGGGCCGCCGGCGAGAUCACGGGCGGCGUGCAUGGUGCAAAUCGGCUGGGAGGGAGUAGUUUGUUGGAGUGUGUGGUUUUUGGAAGGAUUGCUGGGAGGAAUGCGGCUGAGUAUUAUUAUCAAAGGAAACAAGAACAAUCAAGCGGUGACUGAGGUGGUCAACUCGUUAUAUGCCACCCGUAUGAUAUACAUAUUAUGCUCACUACUACUACUGGCUGCCACUUGUAGUUCAGAAUCAUUACAAGUACUGUUCACCAGCUCAACUCACGUCAGCUGCACAGCACAUGCUGCCCGUAGAACUUGAAUUCACC